AUGGCUAGUGUGUUAUUGCCUCAAUUGCGUACGGGAUGGCAUGUGGACCAAGCUAUUGUUACGGAGACUAAACGACUCGUGAUCAUUCGUUUUGGUCGCAAAAAUGAUAGACAAUGUAUGAUCAUGGACGAGUUGUUAUCUUCGAUUGCUGAAAGGGUAAGGAACUUUGCAGCUAUUUAUUUAUGUGAUAUUGAUGAAGUUCCAGAUUUUGAUGAGAUGUACGAGCUGACGGAUCCCAUGACGGUAAUGUUUUUUUACCAGAAUAAGCACAUGAUGUGUGAUUUUGGUACUGGGAACAACAACAAGUUGAACUUUAUUGUGGACGACAAACAAGAAAUGAUUGACAUUUUAGAAACUAUAUUCAGAGGUGCCAGGAAGAACAAAGGGUUGGUGGUCUCUCCGUACGAUUAUAAUCAUAAGCGUGUGUCAUAA